AUGACCUCAGGCGGCAUCUACAUACCCGACACCGCCAAAGAGAAGCCGCAGGAAGGCGAAGUCGUCGCAAUCGGCCCCGGCAGGCUCACCGACGACGGCAACCGCGUGCCGAUGGAACUGGCAGUAGGCGAUAUGGUCGUGUAUUCCAAGUACGCCGGCACCGAGUACAAGGAUGGCGACGACGAGUACCUCGUGCUGCGAGAAGACGACAUUCUGUUCAAGAAGUAA